GCCAUGGCCGAAGGGAUGUUCCCAGAGGCCGAGGAGCUGCGGCUGGCGCUGAGCUCCCCUGCGCGCAGGGUGGUGCCAGGGAAACCUGGGGUCCAUGGCCUUUGGGAGUCGACCUCCCCACCGCACCAUCGCUGGGGCCAGGGACAGCGGCUGACACUAGAGGAUCCGGAGCAAGAGCCCGCAGCACCCACUGGGUGCAGCCCACUGGAUGAGGAGCUGUCCCCUCCAGGCUCAGGGCUGGCUCCUUUGCUGCUGUCUCCAAGCCGGGGCCCGGUGGAGCCGCAGCACCAGUGGCCAGCAGAGGGCAACAGGCUCAGGGCUGCAGACGAUGGGCGUGGUGUGGGCCCCUCGGACCUGCCGGGCGCCGUGGCUCAGGCAGCGGAGCAGCGCUUCCACCGUGCCUUGCGGGGCCAAGAGGAGCCGGCCCCACCCGCAGGGCACAGGAAACCCCCCCCGCCUCUCCCAUGUGCCUUCGCUCUCUAGCAUGGCCCUGCGGGCAGCCGUGGCUCUGCUGACAGCACCCCGAAAACAGUACUGCAGCGGCCUGGCCUCCCUGACACCCCCGCUGGCCGAGCGCCUCCUGGCCCACAUGAUCCGCCACCGGCUGCUGCGCCCCAAGACCCUGGAGCUCUUCUUCGGCUGCCCCAUACAGAGCCUGGUCCUCAGCUGCUACCCCUACGCCACCAACGAGCUGCUGCGCCAGGUGCAGGCCUUUCAGAGCCUCCGGCACCUCAGCCUGGUCUCCUGCCCCCUGCUCACCGACCAGGGCCUAUCCGUGGUGAGGCACCUGCGGAGACUUCAGCACCUCAACCUGUCAGCCUGUGUCAAGCUCACGGACACCUGCCUGCGCUUCCUUAAAGGGCUCCCGCACCUCUCGCACCUGGCUCUGGACCAGACCAAAAUCAGUGAUAGCGGCAUGGCGGAUUUCCUGCACUCGGCUCCCUCCGCACUCACCCACCUGAGCCUUAACAGGACGGGGAUCACAGACCGCACGCUGCGUCUGCUGCCCCAGUACGCACCUGGCCUGGUGCUGCUCAGCCUCAAGCAGACCGAGAUCUUGGAUUUCUCUGCCCUGCAGCAGCUGAGCCGGCUGCACACGCUGCACCUGGAUGACACCCGCGUGAGCCAAGCCUCCCUGGCGGCCCUGGCCUCCCACCCUGCCCUCUCCACGCUCACCCUGUCUGGAGUGCAGUCCGUGGAUGGUGACCAGGCCCUGCAGCUGGUCUCAGGCCUGCCACUGGCCCAGCUGAGCCUGCCAUGCCGGCACACAGUCACCGACUCCGGCCUGCACUUCCUGUGCCGCCUGGAGGGGCUGCUGGAGCUGGACCUGACCGAUUUCACCCACAUCACUGACGAGGGGCUGCGCCAUCUGCCCCAGCUGCACAGGCUGCGGCGGCUCUCGCUCUGCAACACUCUGGUGACUGACUGCGGGCUGCAGCACCUGCAAGGCCUGCGGCACCUCGAGGAGCUGUGCCUGGAUCGGACCGCUGUCUCCAGCGCAGGCGUGGCCCGCUGCAUCACCCGGCUGCCCCUCCUGCAGGUGCUGGGCCUGGCGAGCACGCCCGUGGGAGACAGCGUGGUGAGGAUGGGUGUCAGCCGCUGCAAGCAGCUCCUCAAGGUGAACCUGAGCCGCACCCGCGUCACCGACCGAGGGCUGCGCUUCCUCCGCCAAGUGCCCAUCGCUCAGGUGAACCUGGAUGGCUCUGGGGUGACGGCGGCCGGCGUGGCCAGCCUCCUGGCUGCCUGCCCCAGCAUCGUCAGCAUCCGGGCCAGCCACCUGCAGACGCUGUCCCCCGAGCAGCUGUCAGACGAGGAGCUCCCCAGUUAGGCCUGGCGCCGCCCUCCUAUGGUCCUGCCUGCGCGGCUCGCCUGGGGGCCCCUCCCCAUCGCAGCCCCGGGGCCGGCCUGCCUGCUCUGCAGGGCUCAGCACCCCAGCCUGGUGGGGGGGCGCGGGGCUGCCAGGCUCGGGCAGGCUCCUCCCACAGCACCGUGGGUGCACGGCGUCCUGCCACAGGCUGUGUGGGCCAGUUUGGGGGCUUGUUGAAUAAAGCAGUAUCCUCUG